UUAAGAUCUACUUUAGACUAUGGCAAAAUUAUUAAAAUGGAUUGACCAUUUAUCCGCUCAAACCUAUCAUAGUUUAUAUACCUUUCAGUUGGAUGGAAUAGAUCUUCUGCGUCAAUUGCAAUUCGAAGAGUUCCUCUAUAGGAAGGUUGCACCAGCCACCGAAAAGGCUGCCUUCUUCAUUGUUAACAAUCACAAAAGAACAGGUGCAAAGGCUGUGGUUAUGGGCUUUGCAGGUAAGCCAGAACAAUUUGUAAAGGAUGUUGAGAAAACUAAACAUGAUGGAAUCUCCAUUAUCAAACGGUUUACUGGUGGAGGUACUGUAAUUGUAGAUGAAAAUAGCUUGAAUACUAGUAUUAUCGCAUCAACAGCCAUAUCAAAAGAUAUAUCCCCAACCAAAAUUUGUGAAUGGAGUUAUGAAAACAUCUUUAAACGUUCUGGAUUGUUCAAUGAACGAUUCAUUAACCUUGAAGGUGAUUAUGUGGUCAAGGGUGAUAACCCUGCAAAAACGUAUAAUGUGAGUGAACAAGCAAUACCAUAUGAAUACCACAAAGUGGCGGGUAAUUCCCAAGCAUUCAAUAUAAAAGCAUUUGUUCAUCAUACAGUGUUCCCCUGGAAUAUAUCACCACUUAUAUCACAAUUGUUAGUACAGCCUACAAAGGCCCCUAAAUAUCGACAGGGUCGCCACCACACCGAGUUCAUGCGCUGUGUUACCGAAGCGUUAAAUCCACAUUUAGGCAUGAAAACAAUUACCGAUUUUGAAGAAGGUCUGUGUGAAAAGGUGAAUAGUUCAUUUGGGAGCUUAUUUGAUAGGAAAAUUCAUGUAACUGUAUCUAAGCUUCCAUCACCACACAACAUAAGUAAUGCAAUAGACAAAAAUUUGAUUCACCUAUCAGACGAAUUCAUACAGCAAGCCAUAUUGUGUUUAUCAAACCCAGCAACCCAAGAAUGUUGACAGCAGAUGUGAAACAAUAUUCAAGGGUAACUUAUAUAACGAUCCGUGUUCCAAGGAUACCAGACUAUUGGGGAAGGUUAAUGGUGAUUCCAAAUU